CAUAUGCGUAUUCUGAAGUUUAGAAGCCAAGCGAUCUUCGUAAAAAUAUUAUCUUUACAACCAAAUAUAUAAGUACAAAACAAUUUAAGAUAUUAAAUAAUUCUCAGCACACGCACACUGAUUAUAUCGCGAUAAACCUAAAAGGUAAGUAUUAGUUUUAUUGUUUUUUAAAAUUUAUUUCAAAGUGGAAAGCAUCUAUUGGGCGUAUCAUACGAAUGCACGUGGUCUUUACCAGUGUUAUCAGUGGCACCUUUUUAGGCGUACGGUUGUUUGCGCUGCAUCAUUUGUACUUCUAUGCAAUGUUAUCAAACAGUGUCGGCCUGGUCAAGGCAGCUAGGCAGUGAUCGCUGCCCAGGUCCCUAGCUUUUUUUUUUGUACCAUAGAUACGCGGAGUACGUAGAUACAUUAUAAUUUAUAAAUAAUGGACACACCAAGAAACAAUCAGAUAUUUCUCAAAUAAACAAGCAAUAGUCGAUAAGAUAGAUAAAAUCUCGUGGUUUAGGAAAAUCGAUACAACAUUAAACAAAUAUUAUUAAAGAAAAUAUGUAAAGUAUAAGUAUAUAUUAAGUAUGAGGUAUUUAAUUAUUUUACUAUAAUAUGACAUAUAUAUAUAUAUAUAUUAUUGACAAAGCAUCCCUAUCAACUGAACUCCGCUCAGAAUCGUUUUUCGUUAGCAAUAGUUCAUCGUUGCUUACAGGUAUACAUUAAAUUACCUAUAACAGUGACUGCAUCCGCAUCCAUUAUCCUAGGACGUCUUUUUAAUAAUUUCUUUUAUACCAAAGGUAAUAUAUAUAAAGUUGACAUUUAUUUUAAUUUGUAAUAAUUUACAAGUUGUUUUAACUCUUAAAAAAUAAAAAUUGAAUGAACUAUAUCUGACGACUGAACAAUAAUAUGCGAGUGAUCAGGUAAGUUGGGCUCCUAAAAAUAAAUUCUGCCUGGGCCCUUUGAUGACCAGGCCGAUACUGUUGUCAAGUAUUCAUAGACGUUAAUAUUAACACCGUUCAUAUUAUUCACAUAUCUAAGGUAAGGUUAGGAUAUGGUGACCAUAUUUAAAAAAAUAAAAAGCAAGAAAAAAUAAUUUCAUAAUACAUUCAAAGUAAUAUUUAUUAAUUAUUACAGUUUUUUUUGUUAAUUUUUCAUAAUUAUGCCCAUAUAUUAUUAACCUUUUUUAAAUACACCCGUAUAUCUUAAAUAUAUUAUCAUUGGUAUAAAUUCUCGUAGUUAUUAUUUUUUAUAAAUACAAUCGUUUCAAAUUUAUUUCAUUCAAAAAUAACAUAACACUUUAACCUGUAUGUUAAAAUUAUAAUUAAUUUUUAUCUAAUUAAAUAAAAUAAGAAUUAAUAUGGAAUAAUUGGCAUCGACAUUAAAAAUAGGACAAAAAGCGUCCUGAAAGAAGUUCGUCAGGACAACAGGACAUAAAUUUGAAAAAGAACAAUCAAAAUUUAUUCAAAGUAAUCCUCCAUUUAUUUAUGGAGUUUUUAAUAUAGGUUCUCAUUUGAAAAACCAAAGUUGUUAUCGCCACAGGAUAAUCCUUGAAUGUAGUGAAAAAUCUAAGUAUUCGAAAAUAUCGGCUUUAACUACACUUAAAACUUUUGAAAAUCAGAAUUUGAAUAUGUAUUCAAAAUUUAACCAAAAAAAAUGGGAUAAGCACGCUUAGUGAACCAUCCUGUAUAAUACGAUUGGAUUCUUGUGUUUUGUAAUGUUUUGUAGAAUGAUUACUCCGGUUAUAUUUUUGUUUUGGACGUGUUUGCUGAGUUUUAAGGCGAUCGAAGAGAUUGAUGGGCUCGAAAAUGGACUAGCACGGACGCCGCCGAUGGGAUGGCUCGCGUGGCAACGUUACAGAUGUAUUACGGAUUGUAACACGUACCCUGACGACUGCGUCAAGUUAGUUAAAAUUAAAAAUACCUAAGUAUUAUAGUACGGCUAUCUAAUCAACAAUCCCAACGAAAACAUUAAUAACUCUGGGAAAAAUAAACACAAUUUAUGAAUUUGUAUUAAUCGUAUAUUUUAUAAUGUACCAAGUGACUUUUAUUAAUUAUUAGUUAAUUUUAUAAUACAAUCUUUACAGUAGUACUUAUAAUAAAAUACAAUAAAUAAUUUAUAUACCAGCAAGUUGUAGACAGAAACAAAUAAAUUCGAACAGUAAAGUACAUUUGUAUCUGAAACAAUAACGUUUCGAACUAUUAGCCUGACAAUACAUAGAUUUUUUUAAAAAUUUUUUUUUGUGAUUAUUUAGCAUUCUUUUUUCAGCGAGGAUUUAUUUAAGCGAACAGCAGAUUUAUUGGUUAGCGAAGGUUAUGCGAAAUUGGGUUACGAAUAUGUCAUUGUUGAUGACUGUUGGUUAGCCGAAAACAGAUCGGCUGAUGGAAAAUUACAAGCCGAUCCGAUUAGGUUCCCAAGUGGUAUUAAAUCGUUAGCAGAUUAUGUGAGUACUGCGUUGCUUGUAUAUUUUUAUAUUUGUUUCUUCUUCAAAAGAUCAAUCCGGACAUAAAUUAAAUCGAAUAGAAUUUAUUUUUAGGAUAUUUUGUUUCGUUUAAGGAUUUUUUGUUCCGCUAUUGAUUUUUAACGAAAAUAAUAAAAUAUUAUCUUUUAUUUUUGUAAAAAUAUUAAAAAAGAUUAAAGUAUCCCCAUAGAGCAGAGGUUUCCAAACGGGAUUUUAUAAACCUCCAGGGGUUUAUUCUGACCUGAAGUGGAUCAUGUUAUCGAAAACAAAAAUUGGAGGCGCAAGAGAUGUAAAAAGGUGUUGACGAGAAUUAUUAAGUAAAAAACGCGUUAAUAGUAUUUUUUACGAUAAAAACGCGUGGAAAAUAAGUUUAGGAACCUCUGGUAUAAAGGAAAAAAGUAUUCCAAAAGGGAACAGAUUAUCCUCGUGAAACAAAAUGUCACUUUUCAUAUUAUACAUCUGAUGAUCAAUUAUUAUUUGAUUUAUACCUAUUUAUAAAAGGAUUAUAAUUCAUAGAUAAUUAAUGCACAAUAUUAUAAUGUUUGUUGAUUGUUAAGCUAAAUUAAUCCAAUCGAAAUGAUUUGCCAAUAGGUACAUCAAAAAGGACUUAAGUUUGGAUUGAAUGAAGACGUGGGCACUAAAACAUGUGCAGGAUAUCCAGGUGUAUUUGAAAACGAAGAGCUGGACGUUAAAACAUUUGCCGAAUGGGGAAUAGAUUAUAUUAAACUGGGCGGUUGCUAUUCAAACGUUAGAGAAUUGGCUAAAGGUAAAACUCAGAAAAACUAAACAAUAUAUUAUAACACAGCCAAUCUAUAGUUUUAUAAUACUUUUAACUACACAUGCAAAAAAGGAUACGUUAAAUUUGGAACGUAUUUAAAAAAAUCAAAAAAAGCAAUGGUGUAUUCUUGUAGCUGGCCGGCGUUUCAAGAGGCACAAGGACUGCACGUAAAAGUAUAUGAACGUGAUAAUAAUAACAAUUACUAAUUUUUUUUUUUUAAUUUUGUUAUUAGGUUGACUACGACUUGGUGGCAAAACAUUGCAACCUUUGGCGUAACUACUCUGAUAUCAAUGAUUCGUGGGAAAGUAUGAUACAAAUAGCAGAUUAUUUUGCAGAAAAACAAGAAUUAUGGGCAAAGUACGCUGGACCUGGACAUUGGAAUGAUCCGGACAUGGUAAUAAUUAUACAUAGACAAUUUAUAUACUAUCUGUAUACUAAUAUCUAUAUGAAUACAAAUCAAUUGCCGCAUGUAUAAAAGAUCAUCACUUGAGACCGGCUCGACCGAUUUGGCUAAAUUUUGUUGUUGUUAUGUUCGGAAUUGCCAGGAAAAGUCACUGAAAAAACGGGAAAGUUUAUGAAAUAUAAUAAACAUAAUAUUACAAUUUUUUUUUCUGUGGACAACUUUUCUACCACCAAUUUUGUUCUAACUUUUAAUCAUAGCAAUGCUUUUGAAAGGAAAUUUUACUAAGAAAGUACUUCAAAGAGGUCGUUUUUCGAUUUUUCCUGAAGUUUUCUCAACAAAUGUGAAAAACUGGGAAAACUGGGAAAAUCGGUACAACAUUAUACAAAUAUCAUUGAAGAAAAUAUAUAGUCUAUUUAAUUAUUUUACUAUCAUAUGGCAUAUAUAUUGUUGACAAAGCAUCAUUAUCAAUUGAACUCCGCUUAGAAUCGUUUUUUCGUAAGCAAUGGUUUAUAUCGUUGCUUACAAGUAUACAUUAAAUUACCUAUAACAGUGGCUUCACCCAUCCCCAUUAUGCUACUUUUUUCGAAAUCCUCGAUUUUACUGGUAGUACUUCUACUAUUUGUAGACCUAAUUCGCAGUAGGUUGGGCUGGAUAAAAAAAUAACAAUUUAUAGGCAUUUUUAAUUGAUUAGUAACCAUAUAAUUAAUUCAUAUAAGUUUCAAAAUAAAAUACAUUUUUAGUGAUAGUGUCGGAAAUUGAAACAGGGAAUCCAGGAGGGAAAAGUUUUUAUUACACAUUUGUUUGGCAUGGGCAACGUCGGGGCGGCACAAAUAUUUAUUUUAAAUACGUUUGUUUUUCAGCUUAUAAUUGGUAAUUUUGGGCUUUCAUAUGACCAAAGUAAAACACAAAUGGCAAUUUGGGCCGUGUUAGCUGCACCAUUACUCAUGUCCAAUAACUUGAAGGCAAUUCAGUUAGAAUUUAAAAAAAUUUUACAAAAUGAAGAAAUUAUUAAGGUCAACCAAGAUGAACUUGGUAUACAAGGCACUAGAGUGUUUCAGGUGUGAAUUUUUUCUCGAAUAAUUAAAUUCACGUUUCCAUAAAUUAAAUAUUAAAAAACGUAUUUUAGGAAAACGGAAUCGAUGUUUGGGUUAGACCAAUUAACCCAGUUAAAAAUGGAUACCAUUCUUAUGCAGUGGCAUUUGUAAGUCGUCAUGUGGGCGGAGCUCCUUAUUUGCAUAGUAUAACAUUAGACAAUUUAGGCCUGACUAAUCCGAGCGGUUAUAAAAUUGUGGUAAGAGUUAAUAAUAUCUAUUCAUUUAAAUUUGUGUUGUGCAAUAUUAUUUGUUAAUACUAACCAUUCAUCUAUAACACGAUAACAUCUAUUAACUGUGUGAUUUGUAGAAUCUUUUUGAUCAAGAAAACGUACCUUAUUGUACAUUUGGUCCGAAAUCUAUUAUUAAAGUCUUAGUCAAUCCUACAGGUAAUACAAAUAUACAAUUUUAUGGCAACUUUUGUGUAUCGAAUGCAGUUAAUAAUUUAUUUAUUAAAACUUAAUAGGUGUUGUAUUUUUGAGAAUUAACGCAAUUGAUCCAAUUAUCCAAAUACAAGAGACAAAUUCAAUUAAAUUACGUGAAAAAACAAUCAAAAUAAAUUCAAUUAAAUUACGUGAAGAAAACAUCGAAACAAAUUCGGAUACUCUUCAAGUAUCGUACUCCAGCAUCCAGGAGCAGCGGUGGACACCGAAUGCAGAUAUUAUCAAUCAAUUAGUUGUACAAAGCACCGUAUUUAAAUAACAAGAAAAAUCUAUUGUUACAAUUAUAUUUUUUUUAAUUUUUAAAACGAUAAUUGAAACGGUAAAUAUAUCAUCGUUAUCAAACUGAUAUUUUUUUUUACGAUCUUCACAAUUUCAUUAUAAGUGUAUGCUUGUAUAAUUUCAUAAAAAUUAUUAUUAUUAUUAAUUUUAAUUUUGUAAUUAUUUAAUUAUUAAACAGUGUAUAAUUAUUUAUAUUUAUUUUUUACACCAAAACAAUAAUUGCCAUACUAAAAAAUUAUAUUUUAUAAAGGUUGUCUACCUAGUACCUACCUAC